ACACAGACCCACAGCGAGACACACACACACACACACACACACACACACACACACACGAGCACACGCACGCACUCGCACUUGCACACAACAGCACGCAGCGAGGCUCGGGAAGUCAGGCCGGCUCCUCGCCCCGGCACCUCCUCCGCCACAGCAGGCCGGGUCUCCCGAGGGGCCCGGAGCACGGCCGGGCCGCGCAGCCCCAGCGAGGACGAGCUCGGCGGACCCCGGCUCCUCCAUGGGCAAACGCGGGCGGCCGCGCAAGGAGGCGCGCGGCGAGGGCGCGGGGCUGGUCCCCUCUGCGCCCCCGGCCGCGCCCCAGCCCCCGGCCCAGCCCGAGGAGUCGGCGGGGGCCAAGCCCAGGUGCCCCUUCUCGGACAUUUUCAACACCAGCGAGAACUCGAUGGAGAAGCACAUCAACACUUUUCUGCAGAACGUGCAGAUUCUGCUCGAGGCAGCCAGCUACCUGGAGCAGAUCGAGAAGGAAAACAAAAAGUGUGAACACGGCUAUGCCUCCUCGUUCCCCUCCAUGCCCAGCCCCCGGCUACAGCAUUCAAAGCCCCCGCGGAGGUUGAGCCGCGCACAGAAACACAGCAGUGGGAACAGCACCACCAGCACUGCCAACAGAUCUACACACAAUGAGCUGGAAAAGAAUCGGCGAGCUCAUCUGCGCCUAUGUUUAGAACGUUUAAAAGUUCUGAUUCCUCUAGGACCAGACUGCACCAGGCACACAACGCUUGGUUUGCUCAACAAAGCCAAAGCACAUAUCAAGAAACUUGAAGAAGCUGAAAGGAAGAGCCAGCACCAGCUUGAGAACUUGGAACGAGAACAGAGAUUUCUAAAGCGACGACUAGAACAGCUGCAGGGUCCUCAAGAGAUGGAACGAAUACGAAUGGACAGCAUUGGAUCAACUGUUUCUUCAGAUCGUUCUGACUCAGAGCGAGAGGAGAUUGAAGUGGAUGUUGAAAGCACAGAGUUCUCCCAUGGAGAAGUGGACAAUAUAAGUACCACCAGCAUCAGUGAUAUUGAUGACCACAGCAGCCUGCAGAGUAUUGGGAGUGAUGAGGGUUACUCCAGUGCCAGUGUCAAACUUUCAUUCACGUCCUAGAACACAGCAUGACACAACAGUGCAGGGCAAAAUAUUCACUGGGCCAAUACAAUACAAUCUGUUAAAUUGGGUUCAUGUUGCAGUCUCCUCUUUAAAGCUAAACAAAACUAUACUUGAACAAGGUCAAGAGACUUGUAUUUAAGCAAAUGCUUAGCAAAAAGUGGGGUAGAGCCUCCCCAGCAGAACAAAUAUUCCGAAUAUUCAUAUUGGAAAAAAAAAUAAUUUCUCAUGGCAGCAGCAAACAUGAAAUUACCUUGAUUUGAUUUAGUUGGUUUAGAAGAGGACAUUGGAGAGUCCAUCCUCUGUUUGCUCAUACUACAUGGAGUAGACACGUUCAAAGAUGGGGUUAUGAACCCUUCCCAAGCUUUAUGGCCCUGGAAACAAAAUCAAAUCUGUAGUGAGGAAGACUAGAUAAUCAGGCAGUAAACUUGGGUAGCUAAAGAGCUAUUAAAACACAGCCUGGGACAACUUAUCAUGAAGCCUGUGGAUGAUCAAUUCUUUUUUAAAAAACUCAUUUCAUGCUCUACAAAAGGAGAGACUCCCAAGAAGCCUUUUGAAAGGGAUCAUCAUGCAGCUCAGCUUUCUGUUGGAUUCCAUGCGAAGCAAGUUGACCUUACCCUGCUUGUUAGCACUAGGGCACCCAACCGCCAGCUCGUCAACCCACCGCCCUUAGGCCAUAAGGGGGAACUCCACACCUGAUGGCCUCUGUCAUACAGGCCUGAGUAUGGAUUGGGGGCAAGAAGGAACAACUCUACGUGCCUCCCAACCUGCGUGAGUCAGAAGAGUUAUGUGCGCAGAUUAGCAGGCCAAGGUCUGAGCCAUGGCAGCAUUUUUAUUUGAGAUUUUGAUAACUUUAUAUGUGUUGAAAACCAAAAUGACAUCUUUUUAAAGCUUGUCCAUAAGUAAACAUAGAUGUCUUUUAUAGUGGAAAAACAUUGGGAAAAAUCUAUUUUGAUGCAGCAUUUGAUAAUAACACCUCACUCUUUAUAGUGCACAAAAUGAAUGAGGUCUGGGCUAGGUAGAAAACGGUCAAUGCUGUUUUUGUUUUUAGAAUCAUUACCCUUACCAGCUUUUAACCAUCUGAUACCCAUAGUAGAUACACUAUCAUAGUUAACAUAGUUAAGUUCAGCACUUACGUCAUUUUACUGUAAAGAUUUGCUUCCAUUUUCUACCGUCUCGUCUCACAGUCCCACUGUGCAGGUGCUAUUGUUGCUUUUCUAUUUUCAGAAAUGUUAUUUUCUUCUAAGUGAAAUUCCUGGCCUGCACUUUGAUGUCACAUGUUCCCAUUGUCUUUCAAAUGCCAAGGUUUCCCUCUGGUCCUCACCUCACCUUUACCCCAGGAAGCCUUCCUAGGGACCUAACCUCCCCCUACCCUGGUUUGAACUUUAUAUACUUUAAAUAAUUUAACUACCCUUAAUUACUUAAAAAAAAAAAGCUUUAUGAUUUUCAUAACUUAUUGCUGAUUUUAAUGGGUUGUUAAUUUCAGUCCUGUAGUUUUAUUUUAUGUUUAGAUAGGGCUGGGCAAGAAAAAAAGAAAAUAAAGACAACCAUAUUUAGCAGUGCAGCCGA